ACGACACCAUGAAAAAGACGAAGAAGAGCGUACUGUAACUGGAGGCGGGACGUUGAAAGUUGUACACAAGCCGUUUACAUACAAAGCAGCGACAAUUCAUCAGAAAUGUGGCAAAAGGCUCCGAAUUUAACAGCUUCUCUUAAAUCGAAAAUGAAGAGUAACGCCAAAGUGAGACCAGCUACGGCGGCGAUGCUCGAGCUGGCGACGCUGAUGUUCCUGAAGAGUCUGGCUGAAGAGGCAAGGACGAAAGCUUUUGAAGGGAAGUCAGCAUCGAUCAGAUGUGAUCACGUCAAAGACGUCUCAAAGAAAUUGCUGAAAAAAGCGAGGGGUUGAAGAGGGUCGUCGUGUUAAAUUUUGUUUUCGGUUUUACUUCCCUAUUCUCUGUCUUUUAUUAUCUAAAACCAUAAUGUGUAGGUUUUCUUUUUUAACAAGUCUAAAAUCAGCCAUUUCUUCUUUCUUUUUUAAGUUAUUUUUUAAAAUGCAUGCCUCUCUCAGUCCAGUUGUAAAAAUAAAAU